AUGCUGAAUUCAAAAUAUAUUUUUCCGGAAGAUGACAUCGAAAUAGAUAGAUUACAAAUGCAACAUUAUUUAUUUCGACAUAUAUUUUAUGGAAAUUUUUCUGCUCCGGUAGAAGAUAUGCUUAAACAAGGUGGUCGGGUAUUAGAUAUAGGAUGUGGACCAGGAACAUGGGUUUUAGAAAAUAGUUGUGAUUUUUCCCGAUCCGAAUUUUACGGAAUUGAUAUUGCGCCAAUGUUUCCAAGCAUGAUUAAACCACGAAAUGCGCAUUUUAUACAAGCGAAUAUUCUUGAUGGUUUACCAUUUGACGAUAAUUAUUUUGAUUUCAUACAUUUGGGAUUCUUAUCUGCGUGUUUUUCUGAAGAAAAUUGGACCACUCAAGUAAUUCCAGAAUGCAUCCGUGUAUGUAAAUCUAAUGGCUGGAUUGAAUUUUAUGAAAGUGAUGGUGCCGCAUUUAAUGGCGGUCCAUGUUAUACUCAAGUCGUGGAAUCUUUUAGACAAGAAUUUUCUACAAUGGAUUUAAAUAUAAGAGCUGCAAUACUCUACAAAGAUUGGCUUCUUAAAGAACCAAACCUAACAAACGUUCAGGAGGAAGUCAAAAAGCAAUCCAUUGGCAAUUGUGAUUGUCUUGCAAUGAUCAUGAAAGAGUGCUUAAAAAUUCUCUUUCAAACUUUGGCUCCACGUCUCGCUAAGAAUUUAGGAAUAAGCGUGAAUGAAUUUGAAAAAAUGUUACAGGAUGUUCAUGAAGAAUACGACAAAUAUGGAACUUACAUGAAUUUUUACAGGGUCUAUGCACAAAAAGUAUAG